GUCAACAUCCAGCCUAGACCCGCACCAGGGACCCGGUCCAGUGUCCCUUCUGGCCUCCCAAAUCCAGUUCCUGGACCUUCACUCUCCCCUUUCUGCCCUGUCCCGGAGGAGAUUCCCUGGGAACGUAGGAAAGCGUCCCAGGACCGUGCCAUGGUCCAGGCAUAUGGCAGCCGGGUACUGGCCGCGAUGACCCUGCUGGGCAUCCCUGCCGCCGUGCUGACCGCUCUGGCAGCGCAGCUGCUGUUCCAGCUGCAGGCGGGACGAGCAGAGCUGCGGAGUCCCGAAUUGGGCACCGGCUCCAGACUGCCUGAGGAUGCGGCAGGGGCGCUUCUGCCGCUGGCCGCGGCGCUGGCCGCGCUCGCCCUGGUGCUCGGCCUCACCGCCCUGCUGCUCGCCGCGCUCUGCUCACAUCUGGGCGCCGAGCUGGCACGAGGUCCUGGCCCCAGCAGGUCUGACUGGUUUCUGUAUGACUGCCGCCUCCUCAGACACAUGGCUCUUGGCCUGUUCUGCUGUGGGAUCUCUGUCUAUUUAGCAGCACUGGCCAUAUAUGCCCUGCUGCUUUUCGAGAUCGAGACAGGGGCAGCAGCUGCGUCCAUCCUGGGAUCUGGCGCCUUGGUUCUGGUGGCAGUACUGUCUCACACUCUGCUCCAGGCUGUCCGGGCCACCCGCCGGAGCCUCCAUGAGCUGUCCCCACCAUCCUUUGAAGAUGAAUCCACCAAUCCUGCAGAAGUCUCUAAGGCCAGCUGCAGGGCUCAGCCCCAGCAGGAUGAGGAAACGGAGGCCCCAAGGAGGUCAGUGACUUGCCAAGGGUCCCAGUUCUGAGUAUCAGAGCUUGUAUAUCUCCCCUAAAUUCUGUGAUCUCCCCUGUCCCCCUGCUGCUGACAGAAGGCUCAACUCUCAGACUGACUUUCCACCACAACCCCAGCAGCUAUUGAAGUUUGAAACUGGCAUGUUUGGAGAUCAGAGGUACCCAAUGCCAGGAACAUUCCUGGCUGAAGGUCUGUGGCUGAGUGUUUCUCAUCUUUGCUUCAGUUUCCUUGCCUGGAAGAUGGAAGCUGGUGAUGAGACACAAGGCUCUACACAACUCUACAUGUUUGCCAUGUCUAUGCUGUUGUUGCUAGGUGGUCUGUAGAGGCAGGAGACUGUCCCAUUAGGAAAUGACAGGGCUCAUGGGGAAGGACAGAGGCUCAGAUAUCUGCAAAGGCCCCUAUUCUACUUCUGUCUUACAGAGGUCUAAAAUAAACUACAAAGCUCCCUAUCUCUGUUUAGUUUUGGGGGUUUCUUUGUUUUGUUUUGUUUUUCUGAAAGGAUCUCAA